CUUUCUUUUGUAUAACGUAUACCAUUGACCAUGCCGUUUACUGCUAUGGCGGUAUUGGUGUUUCACGGAGAAGGAAGUAGAUUUUCUGCAGAGAUGAUUACAAUUUGAACGGGCAAGGUUUAGUUGCACUUUUAUAGACUACAGAAUUCAGUUUCUUCCAUAUUGAUCAAUGUGCUAGCCAAUAUAAUAUAAUCUUACUUCUGAAAAAUAGAAAAAUCCAGUUACUGAUAAUAAUUGUUCCUCGAGGAGUUCACCGCCUUGUAAGAAUACGACGCCAAAAAAUUCGCGGUACUUAUUCUCAAUCAUCUUAGGUAAUACUUGAUAUUUUAUUAUCUGAAUGGACAAUAAGGUGGAUGUCUCUGAAGUAGAAAAUAUUUCAAUGAUUGGAUCAUCUGAAAUUUUUUAUCUGCCCGAAGUUGCAGAGAUAUCAGAGGUGUUAGAUUCCACUGGUCUUAGCCCAUUAACUUCGUCUUUAGAUCACACCUUGACCCUUCAGGAAGAUAAAUUGCUUUCAUCGGAGGUUAAUAUGGGCAUAGAGGAUACAUGGACCGAAGCGAAUGGUUCCACGUCAGAUUAUGCUAUUCCACUACCACCACCGCCCGGUUUAAACGAUUUCGCGGAUGUUGGUGCGGAUCCUAUUAGCGAUAGCGGGACGGGUAUAGAGUACGGCCCGUUCUUACCUCCUGGCACUCCGGCUCUGAACAAUUUGUUCUCCGAAGGUGGAGAUUCCCAAGAUGAUUCGCCAAUGGAAGAUGUAGUUUUACGUGCCGGGGUAUGCGGCCUCCGUAAUCUCGGUAACACUUGUUUCAUGGCUGCUGGAUUGCAAUGCUUGACCGCGACACCGCCCGUCUUGCGACAUUUUCUGGAUUUACAGCAACGGGGGGAGAAACUGCCUCCCUCCGGCUCGCUGAUGGCACACUUCAGCGUGCUGCUUGGGAAAAUGUGGUCUGGCAAAUAUAGCGUUCUCAGGCCUACCGAGUUUAAACAGACUUUAGGCGCAUAUCAUUCGCAAUUUAAAGAUUACAGACAGCACGAUUGUCAAGAGUUUCUUGCACUCCUGCUGGAUUCCUUGCACGAGCAAAUGAACACGGCUAAGUCCACGAAAAAUUGUCAAACUCCAUCGUCUACAACCACUGCCAACUCGAUUAAUUCGAUUGAGAAUUCGAACGGGAAAAGCGUGUCCCCGAUCACUGCCACUAGCAAUUCCAAUUGUAAACCAGAUUUGUUGGAAAUGUACGAAUGUCUACCAUCGCCAGAAUGCCCGAACAGUCCUAACAUUACGAUGGCAGGCUCACCGAGAGAUCUCGGUUCUCCAAUAGGGGAACUAGAUAGUAUUGCGAAUUCGCCACGAGGCUCACCCUUGAACGAUGGCGACGAUGACGAAGGGACGCUCGAUUCGGACGAGACCGUCGAAGCGAAGUCGAAUACGUUCAUUCACAAUCAGGUCGACGGAAAGAAAAACGAAGUUACAUCUUCCCUAAGGCUGGAGACACUGAUCGAACUUUCUAAAAACGUUCCAAAGUACCAUGGUCUUUACGACAUUCAUAAGGAGGCAAAGACAAGCAAUGCGAAUUUCUUGGUAACGCAGCAAGAAUGUAACAACGAGAUUCAUUACGAUUCCCAAAAGUUUCCGAAGGAGAACAUUCGUAGAAUGCCUUUGGACAAUUCGAACUUAAUGGAGAAUCAUGAUUUCGACAAUAAAAGUAUCAGCGUGAAAAGAAUAAAAGAAGUCAAUGUUGAAAAAGUCAAUUGCGGCGUGGAUUACGCAUCGAGCGGUUCCGACAUAGAGUACGACAACGGUUUAGAGAAAUGCAACGUGAAACGAAUGAGACUCGACGACCAAGAAAAGAAUCAUAAACGCGACGGACAAGGAACCAUCAGUACUCAGUGUACACGAGUUCCGCAAAGUUACGGGAAUGGCGUUAUAGAAACGCAAGACGAGAUCGAGGCAGACAAGCAUUGGGCGAAACAUUUGAGAUCAAACCGAAGUAUCAUCGUCGAUACCUUUCAAGGACAGUUUAAAAGCAAAGUCGUUUGUGCAGUAUGUAAUCACAUAUCUGUAACGUACGAACCUUUUAUGUAUUUAUCUGUUCCGCUACCUCACGCGAUGGAAAGGCAAUUGAACGUUACGUAUGUCCCUGCGAACGGCGAUCAACCUGUCAGAUGCGUUGUUUCAUUGAACAAGCAGUCGCGGAUUGGCAAAUUAAAAGAAGAGCUACUGAAAACGCUUGGCAAAGAAAAUAUUGCAGUAGUGAAUAUUGCACUUGCCGAAGUUCUGUCAAACCAUAUAUCAAAAAUUCUGGAUGACAACACACUUUUGAGAUACAUCAACGAUACGAGUCGUUCUAUAUACGCGUUCGAGCUCACGGAACCUCCGGACGCGUACACUUCUGUGCCAGACGGUGGCGGAGAUCGCAUAAUGGAAGUUGAUUCCGACCAAAAGUGUACGGUUACCGGUGAGGAGAUUCCGUGUAUGAUUUGUCUCGAGGAAUUGGACGGGGAUUUAAAGAGGCACAGUGGAAACAGCUGCAAUUUCGUUAUGUGCGAUACGUGCAUCGAGAAUUACUUCAAGAAUCAAACGGAACCGCAAAUGUGUCCGAUGUGUUCAACGUAUAUGACCGCGUCGUCGUUCGUUAAAAUAGAUCAAACGGGCCGACCGAGGCCCGCGGUCAGGAUCUUGAACGUACCGUUGGUUCUACGUCACGACACGACCAACGAAACGUCGAAUAAUCGGAAGGGGACAAAAUUGUUCGGUUAUCCACAUUUAGUAAGAUUACCUUCGCGAGUGAACGCUGAAGACUUGUACGACGUUGUAAACAGGAACGUGCCGCAGGAGGGAAGUUACACGCUUCAUUUUGUUACCGGACAGGGUCACCAUUGUUCCCGCUGCAUUUAUACUAAACAUUGCACGGGAUGCAGCGUACCCGAAACCGGUAUGGUGGUCUUGUACAACGACGAUACCCUGGCUGUGCGUUACACGGAACAAGUUCCUAAGAUCGCGUCUCCAGUUGAUCACGUCAGCGUCAGCAAACAGAGGCCUCAUCAUCCUUUGUCCUUAUACGACUGUCUCCAAGCAUUUAGUCAAAGCGAAACGCUAGACGAACACAACCCUUGGUUUUGUCCGAAAUGUGAACGAAACCGGUGUGCCACGAAAACCCUUACAGUUCAUAGAUACCCCAAGUUCCUUAUAGUAUACUUGAAACGGUUCGUAUUUUACGAGUGCACCAGUAUGAAAUUGGACGAUAAAGUCACAUUCCCGUUGGUCGGUUUGAGCGUGGGUCAACACUUAUACGAUCUGUACGCUUGCGUCUGUCAUUUCGGAGGAGUCUCGGCCGGGCAUUAUACAGCGUACGCGAAGAACCCUCGCACUGAUGUGUGGUACUAUUACAAUGACGAGAUGACGAGCAGACAGAAACCUCAGGAGGAAGAUUUUAGCAACGCUUAUAUACUUUUCUACAGUCGGCAAGGGACCAACUUAAAAUCGUGCAAUAUAUAACCAGUGCUGGAACGUGCGAACUGGCAAAGUGGUGUCAGUGAGAUGGGAAGAGUAACGAAGGGAGUAGAAGAAUCAAGGGAUGAGCACGAGUCUGCGAGAGGCCGCCUCGACGGAUCGAUCGGACCGAGUCGAAUCGGACGGAGAACUGUUCACAAAUGUCGUUAUCUAUUUUUCCUAGCGAUUUGCCUCCGCAUCUCCUUUCUUUCCUCACGUUGUCCAACGUGUUUCGCUAUACUCUUCGCCGGAUUCCUGGUGAACAUCUUUACAAAUGGUGUAGACAGUACUGCAUAUAAUUAGCUAUCUAUGUAAAGUGAAUUUAAUGGACGGGGUGGGAGGGAGGGGGGUUGUUACACGUAACACGAUCGGAGAAUCGGUUUUGUAAUUCUCAGAUUGGCAUUAACACGAUAGCAGAAGCAACAACAAGUGCGCGCGCGGUUACUCGGUAAUUUGGACUAAUACGCGUAUUUAUACCAGAUAGCGUGUAAACGUACGUCGAGUUUGUACAGUAGGUGAUUAAACGUAGAAUUCGAGGUUUUGAACAGACGUAAUUUAUUAGUGAAUAAUGGCGAGCGUUACGACUAGAAGACACUUAAGAGUUACGAUCGUUGAUAACGGAGCGUAAUCUAUGCAUUGUUUCCUUUUUACUCGAAUCGAUACAAGACUGCUAAACGAUGUUUUCUGAUCUGCAUCUACAUUGUGUACCAAUGCGAAACGUUGUAUUUGCAGAUUAUUUAUUAAAUUAGUUCUGUUGUAAUUUUAUUACAAGACGUUCAUUUUACUCGUUACGUCGCGCUCGUAUCCACAGGCGUACACGAAACACACGCACGCGUUAUAAUACAUAAUCUUCAUAUCUGUUGUUAGCGUGCUACACGUGGGCCUAUUAUUGUAUCAUAGAUACCUUCGCCGUAUAAGUUCACCGUGGAAAUUGUCGUGAAAACAAACUGUCUCAAUAUCUUCCGUCAAAACAAGAGGACUUUUGUCGGCUAAAAGUGAUUACAAUUGUAUUAUAUUUUAUGUUCUGCUCAGCACACACGUAACUUCGUGGCUGUCCCUCCGUUUUCUAAUUAACAAUUAGCUAGCAUAUACAAGUUGACGAACUUUCGGCUAUAAUAUGUCAUUGACUCUCGACAUUAAAAAGAAAUUUAAAUAUAUUGUUGGAAAUAAAGGAAGAA